CUUAAAGGAUAAUCUAGAGUUUAAUUCAGAAAACAAAGAGACCUUUGGUCAGUUAGUAUUUGGAUCUAGCUGUACCACAACUGCAUCUCUUGUUCUAGCUGUCAUCUCUUCCAUAUGAUCUACAGUUCUGGUUGAGAGUGUUAUAGAAUUGUGGAGGGAGAGAGAAAACCUUUGAAGCUUACGGUACUUAGCAACCAGCAGAUAUACAUUCCUGGGUGUCACACCUCUGGUAGUGUUACUGUGACAAACUGAGAAAGAAUGGGUUGCACUGUCAGGAGAUGUGGUGGAUAUAUGGAGAUAUGCUAUGUGCUACUGGGGGCAUUGUGCUGGAUGCAGAUAGCCAGGGCUUAUGUUGUAAAUGACCCUGAGGCCAGUCAAGAGAUUGAUUCUAUUACAUGCUGGACCUGUCCAGAAAAAGCAAACAACCAUGCUUGCAACAGAUGGGCCCCCGAUGUUCCUUGCCAUAAAAAUCAUACUGUGUGUCACACCCACCACAGAUAUGACAGUCUCAGACAUAAAACUAUCUCAGUCACCAAGACAUGUGCCAGAGCAUCUGAAUGUACCCACAAUACUGCUGGCUGCACAGAGACAGAUGUUGUAGGCAUUUAUGACUGUAUCUCAUGCUGUAACAAGGCCUACUGCAAUAGAGCAAUCCCCUCAAACCAUAGCGAAGCUCUCAGACUUACUGUACUUAGUGGUUCAGACAAUCUGAAGCUAAGCAAACACAUAGUGUGGAUUAUCUCCAUAGUGUAUAUAAUAAGAUACAUAUUCAGGACUGAUUUAUAGAUCAGAGAUACAACACAUAUUGUUAUUGUGUAUAUACAUAUUGUUUAAUAUGCCCUUUCAUUCAACGAUAUCAUGUCAAGUGAAAAGCAGUCAGUCCAAAUAGUGCAAAGAUGUAACAUCUCUAAAAAUGUGUUCAUACAUGUUGAUUGUAUUGUGUUUUGUCACAAAUUUCGUAAGAGAAUGAGGCAUAUGAUCUUAUAUACAACAGCAAUACGUCCAAUCACUAAGAUAAUCUCUGUUUAUGUGGUGCUAGAUCUCAACUUUUACUUAUCUGCUGCACAAGUGUAAUACUGGCCAAGAGUGCACAGACAUUUUGCAACAGUUUAAUCCUGACAUAGGUGCACAGACAUUUUGCAACAGUGUAAUCCUGGCCUAAGCAACAGUACAAAUCUGGAAUAAGGUGUACAGACAAUUUGCAAAAGUACAAUCCUGGUCACAACACAGACAACUGCAAAUGUACAAUUCUGGACUACAAUGAACAGACAUUUUGCAAUAGUACAUCCCUGGUCUACAAUGCACAAACAGUAUGCAAUGGUGCUAUUUUGACUAAAACGUACAGACAAUUUGCAAAGUACAAAGACAUUUAGCAUAGAUUAUUUAGUACAGUGCAGUACAAUGUACAGUUGACAUUUAUUUUAUACAAACCAUCCUAUAUCAGAAAAAUGACAAUCAGAAAAUAGUGUAUACUGU